CAGGCAGACUCGGGGACAACACUGCGUCUCUUCUCCUCGAUAACAUGUUUCCGUUGCAGAGAGUUUAUCUUUCCCUAUUUUCCUCAGGCAGAUGAGUCCAUAAAGCCAGUUUCCAACAUGGUUGGUGCACCUGAGGCAAUCUAAGCCACUAUUACUACAUGUCAUUGUAUACUGCUCUCAGACUGGAUGACAGGAGAUGAGACACGGCAGCCCUAGACCACAUCAUGAGUAUCCAGAGUCUGGGAGGAGCUAUAGGGGAUUCCCUGGGCUCUAGCCUGACGGUGCGAAUCAGUGGAGCAGGUGUUGGGUGGAGUGCUCUCUCCCCGAAGUCCGUUUCUUCUGGGUGGAUCACCUCACUGUUCCAGGCCAUGGUUCCCACCGGUUAUACCAAGCUACAGGAGGAGCGGCUAGCCAUGGUGGACCUUGGGGCUAAACCUGAGGCUGGCUCACUCCAAAAUGGUUUCAGACAAGACACGUCACACAUAGAUGGCCGACGGCUCCUGGACCGGGCCUCUCGGUCCUCUGUGAAUUUGUCUGACUGUGGAGAUGGAGGCUACUCUGAAACAGAGCCCAUGCUGGCUGAGAGGAGGCUCUCUGGGGAGGAGGCAGAUGUGGAAGGGGAUGAGGAGGAAGGGCCACUAUCUGCUGUGCAGAACAUGCCCAAGGAGUCUCCUCUGGCCAUGGCUUUGCAAAUUUUGCUCCCUUUCCUUCUAGCUGGAUUUGGCACUGUAUCAGCUGGAAUGGUGCUUGAUAUUGUGCAGCACUGGGAGGCGUUCCAGUACAUCACAGAGAUCUUCAUCCUGGUACCUGCUCUGCUUGGCCUCAAGGGAAACCUGGAGAUGACUCUGGCCUCGAGGCUGUCCACAGCGGUGAAUGUCGGCAAGAUGGAUUCUCCCAUAGAGAAGUGGAAUCUUAUCAUAGGCAACCUGGCACUGAAGCAGGUUCAAGCCACUGUGGUGGGUUUCCUGGCUGCCGUAGCAGCCGUGGUUCUUGGUUGGAUUCCAGAGGGGAAGUUCCAGAUGAGUCAUGCUGUGCUGCUGUGUUCCAGCAGCGUGGCUACGGCCUUCAUAGCCUCCCUGCUGCAGGGUAUCAUCAUGGUGGGUGUAAUUGUGGGUUCAAAGAAGACGGGUAUCAACCCAGACAAUGUAGCCACACCCAUUGCUGCCAGUUUUGGUGACCUCAUAACCUUGGCGAUCCUGGCCUGGAUAAGCCAGGGCCUCUACAAGUGCCUGGAUACCUACCCGUAUGUGUCAUCAGUGGUUUGCGCCUUCUUCAUGUGUCUUACUCCUCUAUGGAUCGUCAUCUCCUCCAAGCACCCAGCCAGCCGCACCCUGCUUUACUCUGGAUGGGAGCCAGUCAUCACUGCCAUGGUCAUCAGCAGCAUUGGGGGGCUCAUCCUAGACAAAACAGUGUCUGACCCAAAUCUGGCUGGCAUCGUAGUGUACACCCCGGUUAUUAACGGAAUCGGGGGUAACCUAGUUGCUAUUCAGGCCAGCAGGAUCUCCACUCACCUGCAUUUCCAUUGUGCCCCUGGAGAGGUUCCUGACGAGGCCAAGGGCUGCUACUAUCCUUGCCGCACAUUCUGCGGUACAGGAGCCAAUCAUCGCUCUGCUCAGGUGCUUUUCCUUUUGGUGAUUCCUGGGCACCUGAUCUUCCUCUAUACCAUCCACCUGAUGAAAAGUGGACACACCACCCUGACUCCCAUCUUCAUGUCUGUCUACCUGGCUGCUGCUAUGCUGCAGGUGUUGCUGUUGUUGUGUAUAGCAGACUGGAUGGUGCACUCCAUGUGGCGCAGUGGCAAAGACCCAGACAGUUUUUCCAUUCCUUAUCUGACAGCUCUGGGUGACCUGUUGGGCACUGCCCUACUUGCACUCAGCUUUCACUUUCUGUGGGUCAUAGGAGACCAGGACAGCGAUGUGGGUGACUGAGGCAGCCUUGGACAGUACGUCAUCGGCAGUGUUGGGAACCCUGCCUCUGCCAACCGACCACUCACUCCUUAAAGCCUUGUGGGAACUGGGUGCUCUUAGCCGCUGACCAGCACAUCCCACUGCUUCACUUCACCUUAACCACAUGAUGGUUUUGAAACUAUUUUCUGCUCCUGUUUUUUUUUUAUACUCACAAAAGACAUUAUUUUCCAUGAAUUUAGAUUAUUCUCAGUACCGAUUUUGAUCUGCAUAGUUUGCACCAAAGCCUUUGCAUAUUAUAUUGCUGGUCUUGUUAAGAGAAGCAAGAAUAUACCAGCCACCACCCACAACUCUGAGGAAAUCCUGCUGCUAUUGGCAAGGUGGUUUACUCUGCCAGCUAAGCAUCAGUAAUUCCUCUACUCUUGCUGGUGUAUAUUUUGGGGAUUAACCACCCACUCUGUCACAAACUUUUGUUACCUGCCUUGUGUGUUACUGCUUUGCAACAUCAUGUCAGUGGAGGGACACAGAGACAGCUGGGGUGGAGGCAGGAAGGUAAAGUUUAUCUGAGAUCAACUCAUGAACAAACACUUGGAACUGCCAUGUUAGCCAGUGUAGCCUGUGUACCAGCAUUGAGGUUAGAAUGGAAUGACUUGAAGUUGUAUUGAUGGUACGAGAUGUGGAUUAUUCUGUGUCUGUGUUUCUGUUUUCCCAGUGUCCAAACUCAGUGUAAGCUCUGUCUAUAUGGAAUAAUUCUGGUUUUCCCUUUUCAGUAUUUCGAGUUUUACCACAUAGAAAGGAAGAUGAGUUUUGAACACUGGGCCUUGUUCACCAAUCAUUGUUAAGAAGAAAAUUUCCUCUUGAAACCCACUUAAGCAGUUUUCAUGAAGAUUUUGACUUUCACCAUUGUUUCCUAAUUUGGGAUUUGUUCUUUGUUAAGAGCAGAAUCUACACACUCUUAAGAGCAUUCUUACAUACAUUUGAGUGCCAAUAUGUCUGUACAGAAUAAUUGCUUAUUGUGUUUUUUUCCAAUUCUACAGUUGUAUAAUACUAUAGGAGUAAUAUAACUAUUAUAUUUUUUUUAAUUAUUAUUUGUAAGAACACUUCAGUUCACACCAGUUAUGCUAAUGAGAACCAUGACUAGCAAUAGUUACUGAUUGGUCAUGCUCAAAAAUAUGACGGGUGGUUCAGGCGGGCAGGACAAAAAGUGACGAAGCAGCAUUCAGAGUAAGUUAUAAAUAACCUGCAGAAUCAAUGAUAUAGUCCACUUUGUCUCCAUCUCUCUCUCUCCCUCUCUCUUUUUAACAUACAUAAAUACACCUUAGAGACCACUAGGGUGCUUGUCUCUGUCCUCUGGUGUGGGUGGUUGAUUAACGUAUAUUGUUAGCAUUCAAUGCAUUUUUUGUGCCAUUUUAUAUCCAGUAGUGAAUUUUAUAUAAGAUAUGACAGCUCAUUUGGCACCUCCUGCAGAAGUAGCUGAACUCCAGCUCAGGAAUUAUUACACAUUUUUUUUUCAGUCUUUCAUUUGGGCAUUCGUGAUCUUGAUCUUGUUUUUUGGUCCUCUUCAUGUUCUCACUCGUGUGCACACAGCUCUGCAGUCUCAUGCCCUUUUAUGGGAAUUUGCAGGGUGUUUACCUAUGUUAAGUAGGAUCAAAUGGCACACAUAUUCAAAUUACAUUUAUAAUGGCAUCCAUCAUAAUAAUAACACAGGCGUGAACAAUUCUGCGGUGUAAGAACGCAUCUUGAAUCUGAUGUGGACUUAUCUUAGGACCUUUCUUAAGAAAUUUACAAAAAUCUUGAUAAAAAAGAUAUUGGUGAAUGAGGCACAUUGUUCAUGGUGCAGAUUGAAGGUUUCUGUAUUGCUUUUGCGUCAUACAAAUGUAAAGUGAAAGUCCUUUUUUCAUUUCUGUUUUCUAACCUGCUUCCUGACAGGACAUUAAAUCAGGGAUUCUAGCCUGUUUUGCUCUGUCUCAAUAUCAGUCUCACAGGCCAAUAUUCAAUAUCGUAACUCUUAACUCUAAAUUGAGGUCAUUAAAACCAUUUCAUGCUAAGAUUCAGUUUAGUGAAUGAUGCUUACAUAGGAACAUGGACAAAAUGUUUUCAUUUUUUUAAGUAUCAAAUAAAUUGCUGUUUAAGUCAAAGCACAAAAGUAUCCUUAUGAGCUGAUAGCCAACUUUGUACAAGGUUGUUGAGAGCCUUGGCUAAAACCCUCCCCCAAAUAAUGAUUGUCCAGUCAUAGCAACCUACAUGCUGAAGUACCCUGCAUGAGGAUGUAUCUUGGGGUGAGAUUUGUAUGUGAAAAGUUUGGAUGAGGUUGCAUUUUGUUGCCAUUCCAAAAUCAUAUGAGCAAAGAGAAAAGUGUAUGGAAUGGAUUAUUUGUUCUAAUGUAAGCUAUAAACAUAGCAUGUUUGGCUAACUAGCCUUGUAGUAUUAAAGCUAAACACAGCAUGACAAUGUUGAGAUCAGCCUGUUCUCACUCCCUGAUUGACAAAUGCCGACUCUUCAUUACGCUUUUUGGUGUGAGACAUCAAUGCCAAAUUCACCCACUGGCUGUCUUAUGACAAGCAACGGGCUUUCAACUCAUUUUUAUAACCCAUUUGCAGCAAAAUUUGACACAAAGAGCAACUUCAGUGGUAUAAAGAGCACAAAAGUUCAUGUAGGCCACAAGGAGGGGAGGUAGAUGAACCAGACAAAGUUGGACUUUCACCCAGGAGACUAAAGUUUGUGUCCCAUAUAAAACAAAGUCGUUGUUUUAAUGUAAUGUUAAGUGACUUGUGUACAGUUCACACACUGUCACUGUUGUUGCAGAAAAAACCUAGGCCUACUUAUUUUAACCUAAAAUAUGAUCUUUUUCCAAACCUAACCAAGUAAUUGUAUUGCCUAAGCCUCACCAUGACCAUCUUACAAUGUGUUAACCAGGUGUUCCAAUGUAUUUAAGCUGUGCCUCACAUGAAGAUGCUGAAGAGUGACCAUCGUUAUCAGAUGCUGAGGGGUUUGACAAAUCAUAGGUGUUAAACAAUCUGAGACUAAGAAUGGGUCGAUAUGUUAGUAAGAAACAACAGCCUGAUCUUACAUUUUCCAUUUUUCAAGUGUGUCACUACAAUACAAGAACAAUGCUGUUGUUUUUUUUAGAUUUUUUUUUAAAAAUGGUGAGUGACUUAUUUGCAGCGACCAGCAGCUGUAGCCUCAGUCUGUCAGCACUCAGUCUAAAUGCAUGUAGCUAUCACUUGCAUGUUUCAGAAGAAGAAUCUUCUAGAGACAGCAUUGUCAACCAACUCAUUAAGGUAACUUUAGCCUUAUGAGCUAGUUAGCUACAAUUUAGUGACAGUUGUCAUGCCAAUUGGAAGAAUUGGAAGCUACUUUUAAAAUCUAAGGACUGUCUGAAAUCAAGAACACAGUGUGUCAAAUGGUUAUCAUGAAUUUCUGUAUUAUUACCAUCAUGUACCACAUAUGGCUGUGUAAGAUACAGGCGUAGCAACAGGAACUAAGGGAAGCAGGUAUAGUGAAUGGUCAGUUAUUACUUAGAAUCAACCACUCUGCAGAUUUGUUUUCUUUAUCUGUGUCCUUGCAGCCAGUCAUGUAAAACAAACCAUAAAAACUUGUAUUAUGUCAACCUCCUGCAUUCCUUCCUAAGUGUUUUCUGUGUUGGUUUGUCCUGUCAGACUAUCAUAUUCAGUGUAAACGUGAGCUGAUUAAA